AUGCCUGACAAUAAAUUUUACGAUCUUCUCGGUGUAUCACGUGAUGCCAACGAAACCGAGAUCAAAAAAGCUUAUAGAAAGUUGGCUAUUAAAUACCAUCCAGAUAAGAAUCAAGAUCCAGGAGCAGUCGAAAAGUUCAAAGAGAUCACAGUAGCCUAUGAGGUUUUGAGUGAUAAGGAAAAGAGAGAUAUCUACGAUAAAUAUGGAGAAGAGGGACUCAAGGAAGGUGGACCCGGUGGAUUUGGAGAGGAUAUCUUCUCGCAGUUCUUUGGUGGUGGAUUCUUUGGUGGUGGUGGUCGUGGUGGUGGAGGUGGAAGACGUGGUCCAAGAAAGGGAGAGUCACUCCAACACGUUCUCAAGGUCAGUCUCGAGGAUCUCUACAAGGGUAAGGUCUCGAAACUCGCCCUUCAAAAGAAUUCAAAGUGUCCAGAGUGCGAUGGUAGGGGUGCCAAGACACACGAUGCCGUCAAGAAGUGCGACGACUGUAACGGUAAUGGUAUCAAGAUUCAACUUAGACAAAUUGGACCAGGUAUGGUUCAACAAAUUAAAACACAUUGUAACACCUGUAAGGGAGAGGGUCAAGUCAUCCGUGAGAAGGAUCGUUGUCAAAAGUGCAAGGGUAACAAGUCGAUCCAAGAGGAAAAGACACUCAAGGUUAACAUUGACAAGGGUAUGAAGAACCAACAAAAGAUUGUAUUUGCUGAAGAGGGUGACUACGAAUCACCAGAUAUCGUACCAGGUGAUGUCAUCGUUAUUUUACAACAAAAGGAGCACGCCGUCUUCACCCGUGAUGGCGACGACCUCUUCAUGGAGCACAAGAUCACUUUGCUAGAGGCCCUCACCGGUUUCGUUUUCUAUAUUCAACACCUCGACGGUCGUGUUCUCACCGUCACCAACCCACCAGGAAAGGUCAUCACUCCAAACGCCAUCAAAUGUAUUUUUAACGAGGGUAUGCCAAAGUACAGAAGUCCAUUCGAAAAGGGAAGACUCAUCAUCAAGUUUAUCGUCGAGUUCCCAAGCGACGGACAAAUCGCACCAGAGUCUGCAAAGCUCUUGGAGAAGGUUCUUCCAAAGCCAAAGCCAGCUCAAAAGCCAGCCAGCCACGACGGUAUCGACGAGGAAGUCACCUUGUCAGAUUUCGACGAAAAGAACCAAAGAGCCAGAGGUGCCGCCAGAGCCGAGGCAUAUGAUAACGACGACGACGACGAAGAGGGAGGUCAUCCACAAGGAGUUUCAUGUCAACAACAAUAA